UGGGUCCAGCCCCUCCAGUGGGGAUCGCACCAUAUGGCUCUAAACCGGCUGCGAUACGCAGUACCGGUACUGCGGUCUCUGACGAGCUGUCACCGCCUAGGUAUGCUCGGUUCAAAGCAGUGGUUCGGCUCGGCCUCUCCAGCCGUGCAGAGAGAGGACGUCCUGAAGUACUUGCCGGCUCUGAUGCCGCGGCCAGCACUGACCGAUAGAGAGAUACUACACCAUCAACCUGUGUCAAUAUUGACUGGUGGUGACGUACACUCUGAGAAGGCAGACGAGACCCCUCUCCUUCCGGAAAAGGAAGAGAAGGCAACACGUGUUAGGGCCGACGCCUUCGCCAAGAGACUAGCGAAAAUUGAUCAGGAAACUGACUUCCGCAUGAGCUACUCGCCGCCCAGGGGUAUCACAUUAGUAUGUAAUGAGGAGCAAGCAAUGAGAGCGAUACGAGCUCUGGAGGCGCACCGGGGCCCAGUAGCGUGGGACACGGAAUUCUGGAAUGUGGAAUUGACGAGGAACACUCCUGCGCACAGCUCGGGGGAGUUACUGUGCUUGACUGCUUUCGGAGGUGGCAAGCUCGAUUUUGGCUCUGGCCCGUUGCUCUUCGUGGACUGCAAGGGGCCUAGCAGGCAUGUUCUAGACCUGUUCAGAUCGUACUUUGAAAAUCCUGCCAAGAGGAAGAUCUUUCAUAACUUCGCUGCUGAUGCGCAUGUCUUAUACGGGCAUGGUAUAACAGUGCGGGGUCUGGAGGCCGACACUAGAUACCUCGCGCGGCUCUUCGAUUCCAGUCUCAGUAGCUGGGAAGAUCAGGUUCAGCCAGAGAAACCACCACUAUUGCUGCGAAAGAGCAAGACCUCGACUACUAAGGAGGCUCUCAUCGAUGAGGGGGGAGAUAUCUUCAGCACGCCUCUCAACGAUUGUGAACAACAUUCGGGUCCUGGGAAGGGCUAUCAGCUCAAACGACUUGUCAGUCUGUUUGGCAUCGCGCCGAAAGAACCACCGUCGUUCAAAGAGAAGUUCGCAGGCAGACUCGGUAUUGGAGGUUUGGAAGCCCAUUGCAGCGAGGAGAAGUUCGGAGAAUGGUUGAAGUAUGCUGCUGAUGACGCGUAUUUCACGUUUAUGCUCUACCGUCGUCUCACUGACACCUUGCGAGGCCAAGAGUGGUGUACUGAGUUGCACUGGCAGCCUAUUCGCGAGAAGAUUCGCCAUGGAACAACAACAUUCAACGGAAUGAACGACCCAGAAACAUACACAGGUUUGUCGAUGUCCGAUUUUGCGGUGAAAUUCUAUCGCCCUUUCACUGAGCUCCUAGUAGAGAUCGAGAGGCGAGGCUUUGGCGCUAACAGGGAGUAUCUAAUCCAACAGUUAACGGCAGCUCAGGCGGACCUCCAACGGCAUAAAGAUGCCUUUCGGACGAUAGCGCAGUCGCUGAAAGAUCGCCGGGGUCAGCCGUUGAAUCCCCAGGCAGAGUUCAUUAACCCGAGAUCAGCCAAGCAAAUACGACAGCUCCUCUUCGGGAACCCUGACGAGCCGGACCAUCUGCGAUGGGUCGCCCGUAGAGUGCGAGCCGGAGAGGAGGCAGAAUGGAUACAGCCUUUCAUGGAGUUCCCCACUGCCCCAUCGUCCAAGCAUCGAUUCAUCGUGAAGGGGCUUGGUCUCCAGCCUAUAGCCUAUCUUUAUGGCCGUGAACGGUUGAGCAACUACGCCCCCAGUGGCUGGCCUAAGGUCGAGUCAGCUAUUCUGAGAGCUUUCGCUGGUGAACCUCACGAAGGUAAUUAUGGCGUUGCUUACCAGCAGCUAGAGCCUGUACGUGGCCAUGAACAUGCAGCAAGCGUGUGCAGGCUACUGUGGCAUCUACAACGGAGUAUCAGGAUAUCCGCGGCAAUCACCUCGGUCCUAUCGCCGUUGAUAGAGCGUAUAAAAUACGAUGAGGAUGGGUUCGGGAGGAUCCACCCUAGUCUGGCGCUAGACACGACCACGGGUCGACUUUGCUGUCGCAAGCCGAACUUGCAGAACCCUCCAAGUGCUCACAACGACCUCUAUUCCAUCCGGAAGGCAUUCAGCGCUCGCCCCGGAAAUACGCUCAUCGUCGGAGACUACUCGCAACUCGAGCUCCGCAUAUUGGCACACAUGUCGAGAUGUGAAUCCAUGAUAAGACAACUGAAUCAGGGCGGGGAUAUCCAUUCACAGUGCGCAGUGGACCUCUUCCCAGAAGUAGCAGAGGCCGUUGCCAAUGGAUCUGUCGUUAUUGACGACGCUGAAGCGCAUCCGGGCAUACCCAGUGUGAAAACCAAGUUCUCGACUCAGCGGCAGCAGGCCAAGGUGAUGAACUUUUCUAUUGCUUACGGGAAGACUGAAAGGACAUUAGCUGAAGAGAUGGACCUGCCUGUCACUGACAUUAGAGACAUGUUCACGAGAUGGAACAACUCUAAGAAGGGAGUCGAGCGAUGGAAGGCAGAGAUCAUUCAGCAAGCCCGCGAUACGCAGCACGCGACUUCCGUACUCGGACGCCACCGAAGAUUCCCACAUAUCAAGCAUAGGCUCCGGAAAUACUCGGGAAGGUCAGAGCGUGCAGCGGUGAAUUUCGUCAUCCAAGGGUCGGCGGCCGACAUCGCCAUGAUGGCCAUGCUUCGCGUCGAUCGAGACGAGAGACUACGGCGCAUGGGGUUCAAGAUAGUGAUGCAGGUACAUGAUGAAGUGAUCCUCGAAGGACCCGCAGAGAAUGCCACCGACGCAGUUCCCAUCGUGCGAGACCUCAUGGAGCAUCCCUUUGCCGAUAUCAAGCCUGACUACCGGAUGUUGAUUAACCUUGAUGUUGAUAUUGCUACUGGCACGAAUUGGUCUGAUGCCAAACCCUGAAUCAAAUAUUUGGCGCAUUGUGUGUUACUGUACCGAGUUGUUUGAAAUCAAAUACGCCACUUCCAUCUCUCCAUUUCGCCAGAGCGACGUUGUGGUACCAUUGUAACUUUUGAUUCAUUUCUCUCAUCAUUGGGUACAUUAAUUUAAGAUUUUUUCCCGUAGCUGCCCACG